ACUGCAAACUAGCUCGAGCAAUUCCUUCUUCCCCUUUAGAAAAAAAAACAGAGUUCAUAGAUCGAAAGCAUGGGAAACGAUACUGUAGCAGUGGCUGAAACCGCCGGGUCGAUAAAUGUGGCGGUGGUGUUGUGCCUGUUGAGAGGCCAGAAGGUGCUCUUGGGAAAGCGCCGCUCCCGUCUCGGAGAUUCCACCUUUUCCCUCCCCAGUGGCCACCUCGAGUUCGGUGAGACUUUUGAGGAGUGUGCAGCAAGAGAGCUGAAGGAAGAGACUGAUUUGGACAUUGAAAACAUAGAGUUGCUAACAGUCACAAACAACCUGUUCCUAGACGAAGCCAAGCCAUCGCAGUACGUUGCGGUUUUCAUGAGAGCAGUGCUGGCAGAUCCCAGCAAAGAGCCCCACAAUAUGGAGCCAGAGUUCUGUGAUGGUUGGGGAUGGUAUGAGUGGGACAAUCUCCCCAAGCCACUCUUCUGGCCUUUUGAGAAAGUCGUGCAGAAUGGAUUUAACCCUUUCCCAAAAUCAGACAGCUGCUAGCUAGCUAGCUAUCUAUAUUCUAUCUGCAGAUUCAUAAGCACGAGCAGGCUACCUGCUUUCCUCGAUCUAUCUUUAAGAUUAUAUCCAUGUAUGUGGGAUUUGUUUGUUCGUACCAUCACUACCAUUAUGUAACUUCACUCAGCAUUUAUCGAGCUUAAUUGUCUUCUAUAUAUAAUCGUGACUCUUUACCUGCAGCCUGCGCUCAAAUGAAAUAGUUCAGUUCUAU